GCCAUUGUAAAAUUUCAGUGAUUUCGAAGCAAGGUCUCCGGUGACUGAAUGAUGUUCUGCAACAAGCACAGUUAAUACAUCACCAAGUGACAUGUCAGAGCCAAGGAAAGCGAUACACCUACCAAAAGUCAGGAUGCUCAGCCGAGGGGGCAGGUCGGCUAUCAGAAUAACAAAUGUGAAGUCGAUAAAGCCGCCCAACCCUGAGCUGGUGAAGAAACAGGAGGAGGAGAGGUUGAGAGCUGAGCUCCAAAAGGAAAUAGCCUCCCGCCACCGUACUUGCGGGCACCGUACCUACGAAUGUCCCUUACCAGUGGUCUCCGGAAGGGCAUAUUGCGCUCGGCACAUAUUGGAUGAUACCACAGCGCCUUAUAGACAGUGCAGCCAUGUGACUGCGACGGGCAAGAGGUGUAACUUGCCCGCACCAGCUGAUAGGGAGCAGGGGUUAUGUUUCGAGCACGCACACGCGGCGCUACAAAACAGACAACGCAGUGCGGCCCCUCCACCGCCCGUUACAACUACAGAGACAUUGUUGAAUCAAUUGCAACAUUAUAUACGGCCGGAACGUACGCGUACAACAUCUUGCGCGUCAUCCGUUUCAGUAGUGAGCGAUCCAGCUGACCACGAGCCUAUUACACAUGCUGUCGAUCCCUUUAAGGAAAUAGAAGCAACAGCCGUGAACACUACAGUAUGUCGCAAUAUAAUGGAGAGCGCAGCUUGUAGCGACAGUGAUGCCGAUAGCGUCGAAGUUACAGAUGAUAUUCUGGAUUUGGACGAAAAUGAACCGGCUCCGUGCGAGAAUAGACCGCUAUGGCGUGCCGGCGUAUUCACAGCGGAAGAAGCAGUGUGCGAAGCUAGAGAUGUAUUGAAAUCGUUGCAAACCGCAUAUAUAAGUCAAAUGGGACGGCUAAGGGUGUGCCUGCAAAUGGCUAGGUUGCAGUAUGUUAAGGGACUGAGGUCGGAGAAGGAAUUGUAUUGCAGCAUAAACACACAGGCCCGGAGUGGUCCGCUAACAGUGCGAGAGAGACGGCAACUGCGCAAAUUGAAGGCAUUUGCCGGAUAUCAUAAGAAACAUGGUGUGGACGCUGUGUUGGCAAGAAAACUGCAUAAAAAACGGGCUAAAGUGAACGAAAUCCCGUCGAACCGUGGGAACCCAUCGCAAGGGAAGUGCACAUUCACGGAGGGCGGGGUUCGAUGCUCGGUGCAUACAUUACCCGCUGCUAAGCACUGCUUGAAGCAUAUAUUGAAUGAUAGACAACAGGUGCUUUUCAAGCAAUGCGGUGACCUCCGUGGUGGUGUACCAUGCAGAGAACCGGUGGCCAAACUACCAUUGCCGUCAAACACUUGUAGAUACCAUACUGGACCUCCGGCUUACACUGCUUUUACAUUGAAGAAAGACGAAUCCACCAGCGAUGAAGACUCCCACUCAUCAUCAGACACGGAAGCCGAUGAUAUGUCUCCGGAGAAGGUGGAACCGACCAUCUUGCCAGCGUUCGAGUGACACAUGGACUAUCCAUAUGAUAUAUGGAACUUUGAUCACUGAAAUGUAGUGAAAAACUGUGAAAAGUGGUGAAAAACUGUGAAGGACAUGGAAAAGUAGGGAAAAACAGUGAUAAGUAGGGACAAACAGUAGGAAAAAUGAUGAAAUAUGGUGAAAAAUAGUGACUAAUCGUGAAUAACAGGGAAAAAUGGUGAAUACUAGUUAGUUAAUAGUGAAAAACAGUGAGAAGUCUCUAAAAGACAGUGUAAAAAUCACUGAAAGCAGUGUAAAAUUCAGUGAAAAUUUGUAAAAAAAAACUGUGUCAAAUUGUAAAAAAACAGUGACCAAUAUUAUUAAAAACAGUGUUAAUUUGUAAAAAACUGUGUCAAAUUGUAAAAAACAGUGAAGCUUUGAGUAAAGCAAUUGAUGAUAGGGAAUUUGGAAAAAACGUCAAUAUUAGUGAAAAAAAAAAGUGUUUGUGUACUAGUGUACACAAAUAAGAAGUGAAGUGAAACUUCUGACCUUAUUUUUCAAAAAAUAAUUUACUAUAUGCAACUUUACAGAAA